UGGUUGUGCUUGUAUUGUCUGUUGCAAAAAAGAAAGCUUCGCAAUCUCCCAGGAAGGAACAUUUUCCCAUGGAACAGCCUACGGAUGUCGUUCUUUCUGCUGUUGAAACCCAACUUUAGUGCAAAGGAAGAUAAUGUGGCAAAUGAAUCAUCACCAGCCGUCCCACAAACGAUUCAUUUUCUACCAAUAGUCAGUUCAGGCAAGAGCUGCGAAAUGAACUUGACCUACCUACAUCAUGACUGUAGACAUCCAGGUGCUUUGAUUGCAUGUGAAAAAUGUAUUUUGGGUUUUCACAGUGCCCUGAAGAAUUUUCAUUGAAUACCACUGACUUUUCUCUAGUAUUUAGCUUCUAUCUCGUGGAUGGUAAUAAUGAUUCUGGUAAUGUGGAGCCAAGAAAUUUCAAUGCCGAGAAAGGUCACCGGAUGAAUACUCUGCGUAAAGAUGACAAGUGUUCUCAAGGUCCUGCUCUAGAUUCGUCUUGGAAGGCAAGCUUCAAAAUUCUUGAUAGUGUUAACCGCAAAGAACUCAAUGAAGGUUUUUGCUCAUCCUCCAUCGAAAGUCCGUCACAAAGUCUAUGAGUUCUCAAAAGCAAUGCCUCAAGUCCUUCUGUUCACAAUGAUUCCGCGUUAUAAUGUUUGGACACAUAUAUUUCUGGAGUACUGUCCUGGUGUGGAUGAUAUAGGGCUGUACUUUUCCUCCAG